UCACUAAAGAACCUUUAAGAACCACCUCUCCGAAGACUGUAAUCGUAUGCAGACUGGUGUGAUUAGUGUCCGUGUUCAGGACCUCGCUGUUCGGCUUCAGUCGGAACGGAAGUGACCGGAGGGAAAACGCCACUGCGCGCGCCAGCGAACUGCUGCGGUUAGUCUACACUCGCACGCACGCGCGCGCACACCGUCCGGAGCAGCGGAGGAGGGAAGCAGCGCGCUAUAACGGGGAGGUGAAUCGGGAGUGCACGCGAGGCCUCUCGGUUUAGCGCACGCUGGACUGUCCGGUAUCGGGAGCGAGCGUCUGAAACCCCGCGCGGGACCCCAGAGCGUGGCGAUGGAGAAGGAUGCUGCUGCAUCUGCUUAAUUAUUCAUAACUGUCAUGCCCGGGUUUGGAUGGGGAGCGCUGCGGUGCGGAGGGGUAAAAUGAAGGCUGGAGUGGAGCUGUGGGCUGUGGUGGAGGAGAAGAAGGCCCUGCCCGUGCCCGUGUCCGUGUGUGUGAGUGUGCGUGCGCUGAACGGAGCCUGCUCUGCGAACUCUGAUGCUCGCUGCUUUUCUCUGGACGGGACUGCUGAGGGUUCCUCUCCUGUUGCAUAGGCGUCUACCUAGGCUACGUGCUGCAAUUGGGCAUGAACCGGAUAUCUCCAUAAACAACAGCAUCAGCCGCUGGAGACGAGCAGACUCAUCUGGAUUUGACCAAAAUAAGACAAAGUCGUUGGUAUGGCAGAGAAAUCUUUAGAGCAGGGCUCGGUCUCCAUCCCCAUGGAAGAGACCAGGCGAGCUGGAGGAGCCCCUCCAGAUGCAGCCCUGCUGACCCACCUGAAGAAGGUGGAGAACCACAUUACAGAGGCGCAGAGGUUUUCUCAUCUGCCCCGACGUUCAACGGUGGACCUGGAGUUCACAGAGCUCUCGUACACCAUCCAUGAGGGACCCUGCUGGAGAAGGAGAGGAUGUAAGGCACUGCUGAAGUGUCUGUCAGGCAAGUUUUGCAGCCGAGAGCUGAUCGGGAUCAUGGGGCCCUCGGGGGCCGGCAAGUCCACCCUAAUGAACAUCCUUGCUGGCUACAGAGAAACGGGCAUGAAGGGUCAGAUUCUUGUAAACGGCCGACCCCGUGACCUUCGCACCUUCAGGAAGAUGUCCUGCUACAUCAUGCAGGACGACAUGCUUUUGCCACACCUCACCACGCGGGAGGCCAUGACGGUUUCUGCUAACCUGAAGCUGAAUGAGAGCAUGGAGGUGAAGAAGGAACUGGUGAAUGAGAUCCUCACAGCUCUAGGCCUGCAGGAGUGUGCACACACUCGUACACACUCUCUCUCUGGAGGUCAAUGCAAGAGACUGGCUAUUGCACUGGAGCUGGUCAACAACCCACCUGUCAUGUUCUUUGAUGAGCCAACCAGUGGUCUGGACAGCGCUUCCUGUUUCCAGGUGGUUUCUCUGAUGAAGUCUCUUGCUCAGGGAGGAAGAACAAUCAUCUGUACCAUCCACCAACCUAGUGCUAAACUCUUUGAGAUGUUUGACAAGCUGUAUAUUCUGAGUCAGGGGCAGUGCAUAUAUAAGGGCACAGUUCCGUACCUCAUCCCUUAUCUGAAGAACCUUGGCCUACACUGCCCCACUUACCACAACCCUGCAGACUUCAUAAUUGAAGUGGCAUCGGGAGAGUACGGAGAUUUAAAUCCUGUGCUGUUUGAGGCCGUGCAGGGCGGUUUGUGCUCAGAUGGGGUCAAGAAAAAUUCCACAGACAAAAGCGACCCCACAUCGUCCUGCCCCACUCAGUGUAACAAUGAUUCAGGAUACAUUGAGAAACACACUUUUGCCACCAGCACCCUGACACAGUUCUGCAUUCUCUUUGAAAGAACCUUCAUCACCAUAUGCAGAGAUAUGGUGUUGACCCACUUGAGGGUGAUGUCACACCUGUGUAUUGGCGUUCUGAUUGGCCUGCUGUACCUGAACAUUGGGAACGACGCCAGCAAAGUGUUCAACAACACUGGCUUCCUCUUCUUCUCAAUGCUGUUCCUCAUGUUUGCUGCACUGAUGCCCACCGUCCUCACAUUUCCUCUGGAGAUGUCGGUGUUUAUAAGGGAGCAUCUGAACUACUGGUACAGUUUGAAGGCUUACUACUUGGCCAAGACCAUGGCUGACAUUCCAUUCCAGAUCAUAUGUCCCAUAAUGUACUGUAGUAUAGUGUACUGGAUGACGGAGCAGCCUCCAGAAGCAGGCAGGUAUCUGCUCUUCAUGGCUCUGUCCACCUCCACUGCCCUGGUAGCCCAAUCUCUGGGGCUUCUCAUUGGAGCUGCUUCAACCUCCCUGCAGGUGGCCACAUUUGUAGGCCCAGUCACAGCCAUUCCAGUCCUGCUGUUCUCGGGCUUCUUUGUCAACUUCGACACCAUCCCCAAAUACCUGCAGUGGAGCUCUUAUGUUUCCUACGUCAGGUAUGGUUUUGAGGGCGUCAUCCUGUCCAUCUAUGGUAUGAACCGAUCUGAGCUGGAGUGCCCAGGCAUGGUAUGUAAGUUCCAAAAGCCAGAGGAGGUGCUGCAGCUGCUGGACGUGGAGGAUGCAAAGCUUUAUGUGGACUUCAUAGUGCUGGGGGUCUUCUUUUUGAUCCUUCGGCUAGCCACCUAUCUAGUGCUGCGAUACAAAGUCAAGUCGGAACGUUAGGAGCUACCACACUUUUGUUAACUAUCACUACCAUACCUGUUUUCGCUUGCACAAAUGCACAUGUUCAGACAAAUGUACUUCUGUAAUUACAUAUGCUGUUGGAGGCAGACCUCUCAAAUCAAUGCAAAUGCAUUUUUUGUUGUUUUGCACAUGACCAUUCCUCUUAGGUUUUGAUUACUUGAAGAAUCACUACUUGAGUUCAUAGGCAUAACAGGUCAAUAGCUGCCAAUCGAGAUCUAUGAGACUUUUUUAAGUUAAUUGUUAUGUUUGUUUUCUGACUUGUUCCAAACAGUCUUGUUGUAUAGAUGCAUUGUAAAAUGAUGUCCAAAGUCCUACUUAACUAACAAGCAUGAUGGAUCUGAAUGGAGCUUGGUGAAGCUGUCCAAACCGACAAUCCCUCAGUCGUCCUCUGUAGUAUGCAGACUGUCCUAACAUGAACAGCCUGAACUACAUAGGCAACUUCAAACAGAAUCGGAGUGUGUGCCUGUCAAACAGCCAAAAGAAAAGGGUUCCCUGAAGUAGCAUUCCACUCUAAAUCCUUCCCUUGGAUUAGUUUUCAGUUAAUACUUUUGAAUGCUGGGGGAAACCUAAGGACUCGCAGGGAAUCUGAUUUCAGGUUACACAGUCACAGCAGCCCUGCACCAUAUUGUCCUUCGUCUGGACAUUGCAGACUGUGAGAAAAGUUUAACCAGCAUACCUGCAGCGCCGUCUUUGUCUUUUCAACACUGUAGUCUUCCCAAGACACAUCGCGUAUCUGUAGACCAGGCUGUCAUGUAUGUGUUUUUAGACUGCCUUUCUCACCUUGACCUACUGUGAGGACACCUCACCCAUCAUAAGUCCAUCUGUGGUCACUUCUGGGAAAGGGAUCUGCAUCGGUUUCCUUCCAUGGCCUACAUAUGACACAAGGAACUGCAGUAAGUGCUCUUGAUGUAAGCUGCCUGUAAUCUUUUCCAUUCACUCGUUGACGAGGUGGGAUGUAGGUUGCUCUGUUAGCAGCUCUUUCAGCAGCAACAUCAGCAACAAUUAUAUCUGUGCUGUCACCUUGUAUUUUUCGACUGCCACUCUUUAAAUUAAUCCAAGUUUUGGAGGGUUCGUUGCUUGUGCUUUUAUUGUCUGGAUGGAUUGCUGGACAGCACCCUAUGGUACUGCUUCAGUAUGCAAAACAUGACUGGCUUCCUACGGUGGACAUGACAGGACUGGAAUGUGGAUUUGGACUUUGGAAUAUAGUAUAAAGACCUCUGGAUGUGAUUUUCCUUUAAAUUCAGGAUCGAGAAAAAAACAAGAUGUCAGUGGAACCUUGACCUUAACCUCCAGUAUUAGGAAUAUCUGCUGUCAGCUAAGCUUUCAUGUUAAGGAAGGACCGAAACGUGUUCUUGACCCUUUCCCUAAUGUGUGAGUAUGUGUGUGUCUGUUUUGAAUUGGGACUCCUGUUUCUCACUCCACGCUCUUGUGGAGCUCAUGCAAUCUAGUCUACAUCGUUUUUUGCAGUCAAUCCUACUGUCUGCUGAACAGUGGGGCGACCUAGACUGUCAGAAGUGUCUGUUACCGGACACCUGAAAUGCUGGACAGACAGUGUGUGCCUCCUUGAUGGUAUAGUUUAUUGUAUACUCCUUGAUGAACAUUAAUGCCUAUUACAAGCACCUCCCUGUUCACAUAAUUAUAACUGCUUUUACAUGUAAGUCGUCCUCCUCAAUACUGCAAUGCAAUGCGAACGUUUUACUUGAUGAUGGGCUCGAUGUUACUCUGAAAAUGUUUUUGAUUCCUGCCAUGUGGUAUGUCUGCUCAUAUGCUGAAUUAUAAUAACCCAAGUAUAUACAUGACAAAGGUAGAUGUGCAAUGCUGUAUGCAGAAAUUACCUUUUUUUGAGAUCUGUUUGUAUUUAGUUUUAUUUUUAUAUGAAUAUGAUGUGCAAUGCUAGAAACGGAUGUGUAAAUGUAACUCGCAUGGUGAUUCUGGAAUC